AUGCCACCCAUCAUCAACAGUGACUCUCCUCAGCCUACUCCUACGCCGCUGUCAUCUGCAUCGACACCGACACCAACAGAUGAGAGACGAGGUCGCAGAAGUAGACCGAAAGCCAAGACAGGCUGCUCCAGCUGCAACAAGAAGCAUUGCACUGGAUAUCCCCCUCCAAGUCGCUAUGCCGUCUCCUACACUGAGCUGCGCAUCGCUCCGAGGCCCAUUGCCGCCAGCCACUCCUCCUCAUCUUCGCCUUCGGUAUUAUUAGCGCCAUCGUCUUCAGCAUCAGCAUCAGCACCAGCAUCGUCAACUCCUGCUGCUCUUGUUAGCCACCGCCCCAAGCAGCAGUGCCUGCGACAACGACGCCACCACCAACGCCAACAGCGACAGCUGCCACUGCCACAGCCAUCGCUGCCACAGCCAUCUCUCACCAUCCACCGGCCCGCCGCGUCCCUGGGCCUAGACGACAUCGAGGGACGAUACUUUGACCUGUUCCGCACCCAGACGGCCUCUGAGCUGUCUGGCUACUUCGGCCAUGUCUUCUGGACCCGAUCUGUCCCGCAAGGAUGCCAUGCCGAGCCGGCCAUCCGUCACGCCGCCGUCGCCUUGGGCGCCCUAUACAAGACUCUGGAGCAGUCAAACCGAGCCCCCUCACAUGAGGCUGAGCCCCCCUCCCAUGCCUCUUCCUCACGCGACGCCCGCGCUCGCACCGUCAUGCCUCACUGGCAUGUGGCCGUGCGGCGUUACUCGGACGCCUGCAACGCCCUCAUGCUCCUCAAGGACGACACCCCCAGUAUCUCGUCGUACCGCAGCCGUCUGACGGCCAGCGUUCUGCUCAGUUGCUUCGACGCCUUCAUCGGAGACCACAGACAGGCCAUCGUGCAGAUCCAGGCUGGCAUAAGCCUCAUCAACCGACUCAAGGCUACAACCGCCGCGACGGCGAACAGGUGCAACGAUGAUGACGACCUGCUCGCCAUCUUCACCCGUCUCGCCAUCCAGGCCAAGUCAUACGAUCUGGCCUUCCACUUCCCCCAGCCCUAUGUCAUUCGUCUGACCAGCAGCGACGAGGAAGCCCUCCAGCUGCCGCUGCCGCCUCCAUCCGCCCUCCAGGGCGAUGGCCCGUUCACGGACCUGCGUGUCGCCCGACUCGCGUACGAUGCCAUAGUCGAACGCAUCCUCCGUACCGUCGAAGGCCUGGACUCCCUCCGACGACACCCUUACCCGCUGUUCCCGGCGUCGUGGCAGCGCUCGGUCCACAGCCUCAUGCACGACAUGGAUGCUUGGUCGCGCUGCUUCCAGCCCCUGCUGGACUCCCGCCUCGACCCGGCCCACCCCCUGAGCCCGUGCGAACGCGUGGGCGCGGCGACUCUCAAGAUGACGCAGAUCAACAUGCAUAUCUUGCUGCGCUGCUUCUUCGACGAGACGGAGUCGCAGUUCGACGCCUUCCUCCCCCACUUCAGCCACAUUGUCGACCUGGGAUACGAAGUCGUCCCCCACGCCGUCGCGGCCGAUACCGGCACCACUGCGCCCGCGGCUAAACCCAGCUUCAUUGCCGAUCUAGGCAUCGUCCCACCGCUGUUCGUCGUAGCGACGAAAUGCCGCUAUCCGGUCGUCCGUCGUCGGGCGAUACAUCUUCUUCGCAGUAGUGCUCGUAGAGAAGGCAUGUGGGACAGUGAAUUGUCUGCCCACAUAGCAGAGUGGAUCAUGCGUCUCGAGGAGUCCGGCAUGUCUCCGCAGCAGCAGACGAUGGCAAUGGCAGGAGCGUCGCCCAUACCCGAAUAUAAGAGAGUCAUGAUUCACACUGCCGAUUUCGACCUCAGAGAGCGCAGGGCAGAUCUGAGUGUUGGGUGGCGAGGGGCUAUACGGCCUGGGGCCGAUAUGACGUCUCAACUGGGGAGACGGACGACGCAUAUUUCCUGGUGA